AUGGAUGAUUUGACGUUACUUGAUCUUCUGGAGUGCCCCGUGUGCUUUGAAAAGCUUGAUGUCACAGCCAAAGUCCUCCCUUGCCAGCACACCUUCUGCAAACCAUGUCUCCAGAGGAUUUUCAAGGCCCACAAGGAGCUGAGGUGCCCCGAAUGCAGGACCCUGGUGUUUUGCAGCAUCGAGGCACUGCCGGCCAACCUGCUGCUCGUGCGUCUUCUAGAUGGUGUGCGCUCGGGGCAGAGCUCGGGAAGAGGGGGCUCCUUCCGCAGGCCUGGCGUGCUGACCCCACAGGACAGCGGGAAAAGCAGGACUAACCCCAGAGGUCUGCAGUCCAGCCCUUUCCGGCUGGUGCCUAGUAUCAGAAUCCACAUGGACGGGGUGCCUCGGGCAAAAGCCUUAUGCAACUACCGAGGGCAGAAUCCUGGUGACCUGAGGUUUAAUAAGGGAGAUGUCAUCCUUCUCCGGAGACAGCUGGAUGAGAACUGGUACCAGGGGGAGAUCAAUGGAGUCAGUGGGAUCUUCCCAGCCAGCUCCGUGGAAGUCAUCAAGCAGCUGCCCCAGCCACCCCCACUCUGCCGAGCCCUCUACAACUUCGACCUACGACACAAAAACAAGAGUGAGAACCAGGACUGCCUGACCUUCCUCAAGGACGAUAUCAUCACGGUGAUCAGCCGAGUGGAUGAGAACUGGGCAGAAGGCAAGUUAGGGGAUCAAGUAGGCAUCUUUCCGAUCUUGUUUGUAGAGCCAAACCUCACUGCAAGACACCUUCUAGAGAAGAACAAAGGCCGGCAGUCAGCCCACACGAAGAGCCUGUCACUGGUGCCCUCAUCCUCCCAAGGCAAAGCAACCAACACGCCCACCCUGCGAAGGGGCCCUGGGCCCAGGAGGAAGGGGCCUGGCCAGUUCUCCAUCACAACAGCCUUGAACACUCUCAACAGGAUGGUCCAUUCUCCCUCGGGGCGUCAUAUGGUGGAGAUCAGCACCCCGGUGCUCAUCAGCUCCAGCAACCCCUCUGUGAUCACCCAGCAUAUGGAGAAAGCAGAUGUUCCUCCCAGCUCUGUGGGGCAGGUCAGCACUUACCACCCUGUACCUGCCUCCCCAGGACAUUCCACGGCCAUCGUCAGUCUGUCUGGCUCCCAGAAACACCUCUCAGCAAACAUGUUUGUAGCCCUGCACUCCUACUCAGCCCACGGACCGGAUGAGCUGGACCUGCAGAAGGGAGAAGGCAUCAGGGUCCUGGGCAAGUACCCGGAUGGCUGGCUCAGGGGCGUCUCCUUGGUCACUGGGCGGGUCGGCAUCUUCCCCAACAACUAUGUCAUCCCCAUUUUCAGAAAGACAUCUAGUUUUCCAGAUUCUCGGAGUCCUGGUCUCUACGCCGCAUGGACAUUAUCCAACUCCUCUGUGUCAUCCCAAGGCAGCAUUUCAGAAGGUGAUCCCCGGCAGAACCGGCCCUUCAAGUCCGUCUUUGUGCCCACCGCCAUAGUCGAUCCUGUGAGGAGCACAGCCAGCCCAGGGACUUUGGGACAGGGCUCUCUUCGGAAAUCCGGGCGGAGCAGCAUGAGAAAGAAUGGAUCCCUGCAGAGACCCGUCCAGUCAGGGAUCCCCUCCCUCGUGGUGGGCUCCCUCAGACGCCAUCCCACCAUGGUUGUACGGCCUCAGCAGUUCCAGUUCUACCAGCCGCAGGGAGUCCCCUCCUCAGCCUCGACAGUGGUGGCAGAACUGGGACCUAAGCCCACUCCCACUGGGGAGCCUGCCCCCACAUGCGUCAGCAGGGGCAGUGACACCAGGAUCCACUCCGCAGCCAGUUCCCUCAUCAUGGAAGGCAAGGAAAUCCCCAUCAAGAGUGAGCCUCUACCUAAACCACCUGCAUCUGCCCCACCAUCGAUCCUGGUGAAACCAGAAAACUCAAGAAAUGGCGUCGAAAAGCAAGUCAAAACCGUGAGGUUCCAGAAUUACAGUCCUCCCCCUGCCAAACAGUACACCUCCCAUCCCACCUCAGGAAAGCCUGAACAGCCUGCCACCCCUAAGGGGUCCCAGCCUGAAGCAGCCCCCACAGGCCCAGAGAUGAACGUCCUAUUCGCCCACCGAAGCGGCUGCCAUUCCGGACAGCAGACAGACCUUCGAAGGAAGUCAAGUUUGGGCAAGACCAUGACCCCGGUGUCCACUGCUUCAGCCACACAGACCGUGUUUCCCAGCAAGUGAAUCUACGAGUGGCUUUUCCCAGACCCCAAAGAGACCCUGCUUUGGUCAUCUUCCCAGGAGGAGCUAGCAACAACUGCGAUACUGAAGAGAACAAAUGAUCUGCUUGGAUGGAAACUGCUCAGUGGAGAGUUUGCGGACCACGUGAUAGUGCUCAGACAUCAGGGAUGGUACCGGAAUACCAACAGGCCGGCCUUUUGGGACAGAAGGGCAAGAGGAGAAGGAACACAUCUGUCCUUAUCUAGAGCAUCCGGGGGUGGUGAGCCGGAGAGGGAGGAGCGCAUGACUCACGGGCUGUUCCAGGUUACAGCAAACCCCCACCCCUCCUGUUAUUCUGUUCUUUUGUCAGAGCCAAACUUUAUCUUGCCAAUUUCUCACACCUUGGCACCUAACUGACAAAUGAAAAGACUAGACAUCAAAUUCCUUCCAGCUCUAUGACUGGCUAGUCUGUGCAGUUCACCUUGGGAGCAGUGCGGGCAGGGGCCAGCAUGAUAUUCUCCUCUUGGAUAGUCAAGCCAAAGAGGCCAGUGCCUCUUCACAAUGCCUCUAGCUCUAACCCCCUCUCCUGACUCCCAGCAAGCAUCCUGAGUCCUUCCACCACAUCUGUGUUCUUUUCCAAUCCGAUUCCAUGCUAUCUUCCCCCCACCCCCGACACUGUCUGAUCGAGAGGGUUUCUGUUAGAAUAUACUGAUUAAAGAAAUGAGGACGUGGUACAUAAAGAAUUUCAGAAGAAAAAUCCAUGAUGAGAGCUACCACAGACUACAGAGAGGC